AGGCCUUUGAAGCGCAUCCAAUCGCCGCCGCGCCACGAUGGAGUCCAAACAAUUGCCCUUGGGCCAACACUAUGGUGUGGAUCCCGACACCGUGCUUGACAUCAAGACCACGCCUGAUGGCAUCGCGUCGAUCAAGCCCGUUACGGUCAUGGAACGCUUCAAAGAAACUGUCGAACGCUUUGGCGAUCGCGAUGCGCUCGCUGUAAAGCGCGAUGGAUACUGGCACACCUGGACCUACCGCGACUACCACCGCGACAUUAUCACCGCCGCCAAGGCCUUUAUCCAUUUUGGCCUUGAUCGCCACCACUCUGUUGGUAUCAUUGGCUUCAACUCACCCGAGUGGUUCAUCGCCGAUCUUGGUGCCGUCUUCGCCGGUGGUUUCGCCUCUGGCAUCUACACCACCAAUGGACCCGAGAGCCUGCAGUAUGUGGCUGACCACUCCCGCAGCCAGUUUCUCUUUGUGGAAGACCGCAAGCAGCUCGCCAAGAUCAAGGAGGUUCAGGAUCAACUGCCCACUGUCAAAUUGGUGGUCAUGUGGGGUGAGCCUGUUGAGGAGAAGGAUCGCAAAGACCUCAAGAUCAAGGUCAUUGGCUGGGACGAGUUUAUGCGCGGUGGCCGAGAUGUGGCGGAGCACGAAGUGCACAACCGCAUGAAGGUGCAGUCUCCAGGCGAGUGCUGCACCCUCAUCUACACCAGUGGCACCACAGGUACCCCCAAGGCCGUGAUGAUGACACACGACAACAUCACUUGGACUGCCAAGGCACUCUCCACGCACGCCCGUCUGGAUGAUCAUCGUCAGGAGCACAUCAUCUCCUACCUUCCCCUCUCCCACAUUGCCGCCCAAAUCCUGGACAUGCAUGCACCCAUUCUGAUGGGGGCCAAGGUCUGGUUUGCUCAACCGGACGCCCUCAAGGGCAGCCUGCCCACCACCUUGGCUGAAGUGCGCCCUACCAUCUUCCUGGGUGUCCCACGUGUGUGGGAGAAGAUUGAGGAAAAAAUGCGCAUUGUGGGUGCCCAGUCCACGGGCCUCAAGAAGAAGAUUGCCACCUGGGCCAAGCGCAAAGGCAUGGAAGCCUCCAUGGCCGAUCAGCGCGGCGAACGCCGCCCCUCUGGGUUUGGCCUCGCCAACAAACUGGUUUUCAAGAAGAUUCGCGCCAAGUUGGGCCUUGACCGCUGCCAUUUCCUGGCCACGGCAGCUGCACCCAUCAGCCGGGAGACGCUCGACUACUUUUUGAGCCUGUACUUGCCCAUCAUGGAAGUGUACGGCAUGAGCGAGAACACGGGCCCGCAAACCGUCAACCGCAGCGGCAAUCACACGACAGGCUCUGUGGGUGUGACGAUGGCCGGCCUUGAGACCAAGAUUGACAACCCCGAUGCCAAUGGCGAUGGCGAAAUCUGCAUGCGCGGUCGUCACGUCAUGAAGGGCUACCUCUUCAAUGAGGAGAAGACUCGCGAGACCAUUGAUGAGGAUGGCUGGUUGCACACGGGCGAUGUGGGACGCAUGGAUGACCGAGGCUUUCUCUUCAUCACAGGCCGCAUCAAGGAAAUUAUCAUCACGGCCGGCGGUGAGAACGUGGCCCCCGUGCCCAUCGAGGACACCAUGAAGGCGUGCUGCCCGAUCCUCAGCAAUGUUAUGGUCAUUGGUGACAAGCGCAAGUUUCUGAGCCAAGUCGUCACGCUCAAGUGCGAGGUGGACGUCGAAUCGGGUGAGCCGCUGGACAAGCUGACGGAUCAAGUCAUCGAGAUUCUGAGCUCCAUUGGCAGCAGCGCCACCACGGUGAGCGCCGCGCGCGAAGACCCCAAGGUCAUCGAGUACAUUGAUGCCAAGCGCAAGGAGGCCAACAACAAGUCUGUGUCGCGCGCCCAAAACGUGCAAAAGAGCUACAUCCUGCCCGUGGACUUUAGCGUGCCUGGUGGUGAACUGGGCCCUACCCUCAAGCUCAAGCGGCCUGUGGUCUACGAAAAGUACAAAGACGUCAUCGAUGGCCUCUACGCAUAACUCGUCUGCGAACCGUUGUCGUAGCUUUUUUUUAUUUCCCUUCCUUUCGGUCUUGUGUCCUCUGCCAAAGAGGUAUCCAGCCCGCGGUCGCCCGUUGAGUACACGGCGCUCAGGUGUAAAUUGAUUGCAGCACAC